AUGGCGGUGCCGGACAUGUGUCUCAAGGGAAGCUACCACAGAUAUUGGCACGAUACGGACGAGAUCGUCUUCUACGCCUUGGAGCAACCGUCUUGGUGGGGCUGCCGAUGGGAGAGGAUCAAUUUUUGGACGGCUGGUUCGUUUUUUUUUUUCAACUUGUUCUAGCAAAUUCUUCACUAGAUUCCCUAGAACUAGAGCUUGAAAAUUUUUCACUGCAGGUUUUUUUUUCAAAGAUUUCAAUACAUCUUGACUAGAUUGUACUUCAGAACCUCAUGAUUUUAGAACUUUUAGAGCCCCUUAACCCCAAAAUUUUCGCUUGGAAGGGUAAAUUGAAGCUUUUUUACGAUAAAAACUUGAAUCCCAAAAAAAUGUUUUCUGUUCUAUUCGGUCUCAAACAAAAUGGAUCUUUGUAGGAAAAAUUUCAAGCGAUGUGAAAAAUUUCAUCAAAUUGUUUGGUAUAGACUAUCAGUGACAGGAAAUCCCAAAAAUGAAAAUUUUACGAAGUUUCCGUUUUUUUAGCUUCUAAAAAUAGUUCAUAAAAGCGCUCCAGAAACAAUUUUUUUGUUGGAUUUUUUAAAAAAAUUAUUUCGGUUUGAAAAAAAGAGUAAUGCUAGUUUCUGAGCAAUAAAAGAAGCAUUGGAAAAAAAAUACUCGAAUAAAAAAUUAUUGAUUUCCGUUGCAAAACUGGCAUAAGAAAACAUUUUUAUCGGACGAUAUUUUUUUUCUCUUUUUUGGAAAUUCGGAAAUUUCUAAGGUUUAUAAAAAAACCUUUUUCAGCGUGGGUCCUGAAGCUGAUCCCGUGUAUCCUGCUCACGGUUUUCAUGACCCUUCUGGUUCGGAUGCUGAUCGAAGCCCGAGAAAGAAGAUCCCGGCUUUGUGGAGGAGUCGGAUCCGGAAACUCACAGGUGACUCGACCGUACUUACGUUGAGAAGCAGCCCAUGUAUGGGUAAAAGUCAAGGGAUCCCUAAAGGGGUCUGAAUUCUACGCCUCUAACGCUUAAGUGGCCCCUAUAAAGGUCUUUUUAUGUUUUUAUGAUUCAAUUCAAUAAAGAAAAACGCUUCCUAGAGUGGCCACUUAUCCAAGCUUUAUAGGGAACCUUCGCCCCUAAAGUUAUCACUCUAGAGAACAAGCGUUUUUUUCUCACACCUUUUUUGAAAAAAAUACUGUAGAAAUUAGAAAGCCAGGACUUCUUAUGAAUAAGUUUUUUUAAUGACGAUGAAAGUGUUAAAGAUGUUUCAAAAAUAAUAAUAAACCUGUUCUAUAAAAAUAAUAUUCAAUUAUAUUUUUUUGUUAUCUUACGUGAACCGGAAUUGUCUGAUAUUUUUUAGUGACCACUUGAGGGACGUCAGGACUCUUAAGUGAUCCCUAGAAGGGCUCAGAAGCGUCCGGGGCGCUUUCCGGUUUUCGUUACCGAGAUUAGAGAGAAUAAAAAUACAUAAAUAUUUAAAAAAUCACUGGAGAGACGUCGGAACUCUUUUUUUGUGAUUUCUUUUUGGGAAGUUUUUUUUAGUUUCCAACUGGAAAUUUAUAAUUAAUCGCUAGAAUUUGCAGGCGGAAAGGACGACGGCGAUGCUGACGGGAAUCGUGGCCGUUUUUCUCAUCACAGAGUUGCCCCAGGGAAUUAUGACUCUAGUGGCUGGUAAUUUUUUUCUUGUCUUUUUUUAGAAGUAAAAAAAUCCAUGAAAAAAAUAUUCAAGCAACUGUCUAUUUUAUUAUAAAAAAAGCCUCUUCAUUUCGAUGAAUUUUUCUCCAAUGCUACGGUCAGCAACUUUUUGAGCCAUUCCCUGUUCGAAAAUUCCCUGGUUACGGUAGGAAAUUGGUCACCUGCGCAUCUAAGAAUAAUGGGUUGUUUCUAGACAACUUUAAUGUCAUCUAUAGACGUCAGAGCGUUAGGAAACUUUCGAGUAGACUUUAUCUUGGGUUACUGUAGAAACUUUUGGGAUACGGUACAAAGAAAACGUCUUCCAGGUGUCAGCCCUCGAUUGAUGUUCCUGACGAUGCAGCUCAACGAAGUUUUCGACCUUCUUUCUCUGAUCAAUAGCGCUGUUAAUUUCGUCUUGUGCGCUCUGAUGUCCCACGUCUUCAGAAGGUAAAUCAAUAAUUUUCUGAAAUAAGCCGUCGAAUCUAAAUGAACUUAUUUUUCGGGUCAAGGAAGGUGUUCUCUAACUUGGAAUGAUUUUUUUGUUGUCCCGACCUGAAACUACUUGAGCUUUUGAGCUAUUUGAAAUGAGACAAAGCAAAAAAAAAUCAAUCUAUUUUUUUUUAUUUCGCUCACAGAAAAAUUCAGGAAAAAGUCAUAUUCUGAGAAAAUUCAAUUGUUGAAGUGCGCGCAAUUUCUAAAGUUUAAAAAAAUUUCAAAAAUAUACAGUAUCUAAAGAUUUGAUGGUCAUUUCGCUUCAAAAACCUUGACCGGAGUCGAACCAUCGACUGCUUCCUCUUAACUAAAGAUCUGCGCCACUGAGCCAUAUACUUUAUGUUCAUAUUCAUCCACAGGAUAGAUCGAAAUAGCGUCUACAAGGCAAAACAAGCUUUAGUUUACCGUUUUUUUAAAUCCGCAAAAAAAGCCUAAGGAAUAGUAGAGUUUUUCUAAGUUAUUUUAAAGGUCCAAAAAAAUUAUAAAUAAAUCCAUUUUUCAAAUUUCAUCCCAGUAAAAUUUACAAAAAGACCUCCUGGAGUUUUUUUAAUUCUUUGAAAUAUAUCUAUUUUCCAGAGAAUUCCUGCACACUUUUGGGGUUUGUUGUCCUCAGUCGAGCGAGAAUCACAGUGGAGCUCCGAUCACGAAAACGACGAACAAAAAUGUGAGUUUCAUGAAAAUCAAUCGAUCAAACUAUAAGUCUCUCUUAGGAACUCCAAUGUGGGCCCUUAGGGCCUUUUCAAGGACCCCCUCUAGGGACCACUUUAACAAAACCCUAUAAAGGCCACUAAAGCUUGCAAAAGUGAUCCUUCUAGGGGUUUAGCUUAAUGGCCCCUGUAGGGGACAUGCUAGUCAAUAACUUUUAUGAACUCCAUGCGAAAAACAAAAAAAUAAAAUUUUUUUGAAUAAAACUGCAAGACCCCUCUAGGGACCACUUUUUCUGGCCAGGGGCUGUAUUUCCCCUUAAGGGACCACUCUGAAAUCCGUUAGCUUUUUAAAAAAAUUUUGGUAUAUUUUUUUAAAAGAGCGUGGAUCCGUUUCAAAAAAAGGUCUCAAGGCGAGAAGCCGAAAUAAAUUUUUUUGAGAUCUUAAUUAAAACCCAAUGAUUUUCUUUCAAUUUUAUCCGAAGAAUUGACUGAAAAAGAACUUAAUUUCCUCUUUUUCAGAAAAUCCAAACUUUCUGUUCAAAAUUUUUUAUGCCGUUUUUAAAGGAGCAUGGGUCAUUUUUUUCAAAAAGGUCUCAAGGCGAAAGGCCGCUCUCCAUUUUUCAAGAUUUCUUUGAAGAUUCAGCAAGAAGUUCUAAAUAAUUUAUUGAUAAAUAGUUUAAAAUUUUGAGAGGGAACUUUUCUUCACAAAAAUCUCAUUUCUCUUAAGAAAUACUGACCUUUGGGACUAUAAAAAGCUUCAAAAAAAUUAUUUCAUAUUCCAUUUUCGCUAGCUAUACAUAUUUAUUUGAUUGGUCACUAUAGAGGCUUCACCAGGACUAUUUGAAGGGGACACUAAAGUGGUCACUAUUUUCCGUUUUAGUGUCCACUUCAGUAGUUUUUCAUGCAGUAUUCCUUCCAGUAACUCUGAUAGUUUUAAAACAAACAGGUUGGACCAGUUGUGUUGAUCCAUUGACCCCUAAAGUGGCCGCUAAAAUUUUUAGUGGUCUAGUAGUAGCACCUAGACCUCUAUGGUGGCCAAUAAUUUUUAACCCCUUAUUAGACUACUAUAGUGGCCGCUAAAACGUCAAAACCCUAUGGUGGCCACUAAAAAUUUUCCCAGUAAAGAGCUUCAAAAAAAUUAUCUCACAUUCCAUUUUCGCUAGCCAUUUAUAUUUAUUUGAUUAAUAUCUUGAUAGUUUAGUGAAGCUUGUAAUUGGAUAAAUGAAAAUGAAAUGAUUAGAUAUCAAUAUUUUUCUUGCAGAUCAUGUCUCAAUUCAACCCGGCUUCGCGACACGCGACGCCGACAAUCAACGGAAAAUCGAAGAAAAAUGGAUUUUUGCCGGUUCCGACGACGUGUCCGGAAGACCGGCGACAGUCCGACGCCUCUACUCCUUCUCCUUGA